AUGUCACAUUCACUGGUGGAUGUGCAGUGGAUGAAUGGUACAAUCGAAGAAAAGAUUCCUGGUUAUCUGCUAAUCCCGCAUGAUCCUGACCUCGAUCAACAAGACCAUUUGCCAGGAGUAAAAGAGCUUGGCGAGGAAGAAUGUAUACUGUUUGACAUAAUGGCGCAUCCUAAUUACAAGCGCUUAUUUGUCGGAAACUAUGGAGUAAGCAUCCACCAUCCCUCCAAUGAUAUGCGUGACAUAGCUUUCCAAGUUGUUGCUGAUCUUAAAAAUGGAAAACAGCUCGUGCGAUUUUUGAAUGGUACGCAAGAGGAACUUUGGCCAUUUGACAUUCUGCCCAUUAAUUUCGUCGAUGAGUCGUUGGAUAGUGAUAGUGAGGAAGAUGAUGUGAGCACAACUGAAGGAGACUUGUCCAGAGAUUCCACUGUGACUUCUGCGAUCUUAAUGGAGGCUACGAAUAUACUUCGUCGCCUUGGACUUUAUAGUUGCAAGGAUCACCAGGUGGCAGACUUGGCUGAAAUAGCUAAUGUUGUCGCCCGUUUCAUGAAGAAUUCCCCUGAACUAGAGGAUUUUCUCAAAGAUUGUAAUCCCGACGACAUCGAAGCAAAAAACACAAAAAUUCUUUUCGCAGGAGUCGUAUUAGAGGUAUCAUUACAGAUUCUACUUUUACAGCUACUGGUAAGCAAAGCACAUCAUACGUCAAAUCGCUUCUGCGAUUUUGCUGAUGUAAUGAUCGCCGUCUAUCGUUCUCGCGCUCUCCCGGAUAACUUUGACAUUCAGCUUCUCUCAUGUUUUGUGGAAGACUGCGAGCGACGAGAAGCAUGUAUAGGAAACCUUCCUCUACCUGAAGAUGACAUGAUACCCCUUCUGCUGGAAGCGUGA